AUGGGUCGUGCCGGAGCCACGAGUGACGGCGUCGUCCUGGGGACUGUGCUUGUCCUGCUGCUGGCCGCUGGGGCUGUCUGGUGGGCCCUUGGCCACCGGCACCCACCGAGCCGGCGGGCACGGACGGCAAAGAGGAGCGAGCGCCCCGGGGUCCGGCCCCGAGGCUCACGGAGGAACCGAGGAGCCCCUGUGGCUCCCAGGGCCCCCAGGCCUCGGGCGACUCGGCGCAAGCGGCCACGUGCUCCCGCCAGCCCCCUGGGCAGGCCCUGCAGCUGCGGCCCCUGCGUGGCUCUGGCCCAGGAGCUGCAGGAGCUGAUGCGGCUGCUCCGGCAUCCCAGAGGGACACGUGCGCCGCUCUACUCGGGGAUGUGGCAGGCGCUGUGGAAACAACUGGAGGAGCUGGUGAAGCGAGGCCACCUGCCCUGCUGUGGCCCCUCCAGCUCCUCCCGAAGCCUCCAUCCCUUCAAGAGGCUGCUCCCAGCAAGAUUCUCCAUCGCUGGGAGAGCCUCAAGGCCUGCAAGGAUGGCACAGCAGGGGAGAGCCAUCCGUGCAGGAACAUCAGGCUGUCAGAGACCCUGCAUCCUGCCAGGAGCCUCUGCUAUCUCUGACAGCCUCCAUCCCUCGCAGAGGCUCACUGAGACCUGUCAGCCUGCAGAAGAUGCAGGGCCCGUGGACAGGUCUCCCAGCUCCCUUGGACGCACGGGCUUCAACAACGCGGGCGCACCCCUGACCCCUGACAUGGCCAGGGAAAGCCCAGAAGUCCAAACGGGAGCCCAGCCCGAUCCAGGGGAGCCUUCUUGGGAGAAGCUGGCCAAGCAGCAAGCGUCCUGGAGCCAGCAGUGGUCAUCCCACAGCUGCCAGGACGCUGUGCCGCUUGUGCCAGCUGGAGAAAGCCCGAGCCUGGUGGUGGAGACCAGCCUGGAUACAUCAAGGAGGCUCCUCCAUCUCCAGGAAGCUGUCCCAAGACAGCCCUCGACUGCCACGAAGGGCUCUCCAAUAGCAGCUGCUCCUGGCACCCCCCUGGGUGAAGAAGCCUCGGGCUGCAGCCCCGGCCAUGGUCAAUGGCAGAGUCCAGCCCACGAGGCCGGGGCCAGUGACGGUGCCGCCGUGCCCCGCUGCCCCGGGGCUCCUGCAGCCGCCUGUGCGCGCUGCCCAGGCCCGGCUCUGCCGCUCGCCAGCCCGGCGGCUGCGGAGCAGGGGCCGCUGCCCGGCGCGCAGCAGGGAGCAGGGCAAAGGAAGGAGCUGCAGGAGCUGUACCAGCUGGGCCCGCAGCUGGGCAGCGGUGGCUUUGGCACCGUUUUCUCGGGCAUCCGCCUCUCCGACGGGAGACCGGUGGCCAUCAAACGCGUGUCCCGGGAGAGCGUCCUGCAGUGGGACGAGCUGCCCGACGGCACCCGCGUGCCCAUGGAGGUCGUGCUGAUGGAGAAGGUGGGCUCCAGCUGCUACAACAUCAUCCAGCUCCUCGACUGGUUCGAGCUGCCUGACAGCUUCGUGCUGGUGCUGGAGCGUCCGGAGGCAUGGCAGGAUCUCCUGCAGCUCCUGCUGGAGCAGGAGUUCCUGUGCGAGGAGAUGGCGCGCUGGCUUUUCGUCCAGGUGCUGGAGGCCGUGCGGCACUGCACCGCCUGCGGCGUCCUGCACCGGGACAUCAAGCCGGCGAACCUCCUCGUGGACCCGGAGAGCGGCGACCUGAAGCUCAUCGACUUCGGUUGUGGCACCUUCCUCCAGGAGCGGGCCUACACGCGCUUUGCCGGAACGCACGCCUACAGCCCGCCCGAGUGGGUCUGCCUUGGCUGCUACGACGGCCAUGAAGCCACCGUUUGGUCCCUGGGCGUGCUGCUGUACGUCAUGGUCUGCGGGAGACUCCCCUUUGAGGACGACCAUGCCAUCCUGCUGGGGCAGCCCUUCUUCUGGCAGCAGGUCUCUCCAGAGUGCCAGCAUCUGAUCCGCUGGUGCUUGACCAAGCACCCCGCUUACAGGCCACAGCUGGAGGAGAUCUUGCGCCACCCUUGGGUGCAGGGCAGGCGCUUUUGACACCUUGCUGGAGCCCCUGCUGCACCCACGUACAGAAUCCCACACAGGACUGAGGACCCGAGAAAUAAAACAACAACAAACCCAU